AUGAUCACUGCAUCAUCUGUCAUCGACGAGUCGCCUGUCCUCUCCUCAGCCUCGCAUCAUCCCCACGAUGUCCACACGCAACCGUCGUUGUCGGCCCGGGGCCUUUUGUCUGACCGCGAUUCCCCAGACCCCUCGGUAACAUACUCGACCGAGGAACUGCUGCGCGCGCUCCAGCAGGAACAAGAUAUGCCUGCGAGUACUUUGGCUUCUGUGAAUGGACUCGACGGGGCACAGAAAGAGUUACCUCGACUACAAACCAAUGGUCAACUAGACAAUGGACAGCUGGACAACGGCGACCGCCUAGAGCCGGUGCUGGAGGACGAUCCCGCUUCGUUCGAUCUCGUCUCACCGCCACCGCCAGGUUAUAAAGAGCAAUUCUCCUUGGAAAAGCAGACGCAGGCACUCUUUUCCAGAGGUCAUCUACAAGUCAUCUUCGCCGAGCCCACCUUCCUUUUCAAAUUCACGUCCUUCCUCGGCGUGCAUCGACCACAGUCCGUACCCCUCCUCGUCCACUAUCUUGAUUCUCUCAAAUCGUUGCGAGCCAUACAUUACGCGAACGCCAUCUGUGAAGGACUCGACCCUGUCGAGGGAUUGGACUUCACUCUCAAGCCGGUCAAACCGACCAUCAACACGUCGUUGGAAGAGAGGGCAUACAAAGCUUUUGAUGUCUUGGUCGCGGAAGAACUGCCGGCCUAUAUCACACACCAAUAUGUUCAGAUUGUUACUGCUAGCAUAACUGCCAGGGUCACGGGGGCUCUGUCGCCUCACCUGCGGGAGGCUUCGGACGGGUUGGCGGAGGUGUUCUGUCUGACGGAUCCGGCAAGGCACGACAAUCCCAUUGUCUUUACUUCUGAAGAAUUCAAUCGUACCACCCAGUAUGGGCUGAAUUAUGUUCUCGGUCGAAACUGCAGGUUCCUACAAGGGCCGAUGACCAACCCACACAGCGUGAGGAGGUUGAAGGAGGCAGUCCAGACCGGGAAACAACACCAGGAGGUCCUGCUGAACUAUCGCCGAGAUGGGUCGCCGUUCGUGAACCUGCUGAUGAUCGCGCCUCUGGCCGACAGCCGCGGCGUGGUUCGAUAUUACAUCGGCGCGCAAGUUGAUGUCAGCGGGCUCGUCAAGGACUGUGCAGAGAUGGAAUCGCUGCAGAGGCUAGUCGACCUGCGCGCCAGGGGUGAAGACCCGCCUCUGCCGGAGAAGCCGUCUCCCGAGAAGAACGACGAACUGCGCGAGUUGAGUGAGAUGCUCAACCAAGGCGAGCUGAACACCAUCCGCCGCCAUGGUGGGAAGAUGCAUCGCGAAGUGAUGGAAGACGAUUCGGAAAGCGUGGCCUCCCACCAGCCACGGUUGCUGCUCAAAGAUCCAGAUACAUUGACGGCUUCGUCUGGCAGCAUCAAUGGCAAACUCAGUGGCAUCUACCAACAUUAUAUGCUGGUACGACCGUAUCCUUCGUUACGGAUCUUGUUUGCCAGCCCUUCGCAAAGACUUCCCGGUGUUCUUCAGUCGCCAUUCUUGAACAAGAUCGGCGGCUCCAAUCGUGUGCGGGAGGAGCUGACGGCCGCCUUCGCCGAGGGCAGAGGAGUGACGGCGAAAGUACGUUGGAUCACACGAAGCGAUGAUCAAGGUAAGAACAAAUGGAUCCAUUGCACGCCCCUGGUGGGCAAUGGAGGCCAGAUCGGAGUGUGGAUGGUGGUCAUUGUUGACGACGACCAAAAGACCGGCCCUGAAAGGUGGCCGUCCGGACGCGUCCCGCCGACCGUAGCCACGCCCGACGCAGACAGGAGCCGGACUCCUGUUAGUGGCUAUCGUGGACAGCCCUCGAGUCAUGUCAGAUCCUCCCAAGCCAACGGCACAGCUUACGACGGACAGAGCGGCGGCAGUCUGGCGAGUGGUUCUGGCAGUGUGACGAGCUUCAGGAUCGGGUAA